CCCACAAGUGAAGUCGACAGAGUUCGCCUACCUACCGCGCACCAACAAAUGAUGCAAGCAAUUUCACUUCUUAACUUUUCAAAACCCUCUCCUCUCUUCGUAGGGCCAUUUCAAAGACGACACUGUCCCUCGAUCGCCGGUGCCGCCGCUCCUAUUAGUCACUUGCACCGAAAUCGCUGUCAAAGUUACCGAAUCUCAGUUCCUCCUCUAUCGUGCAGUGGCACUGUGCAACAUCAAGAAAUGGCUUCUGAUGAUGGACAAGACUCUCGGAUUAGUCGGAUUUCCUCCGCUAUUCGUGCCAUCCCGGACUUCCCAAAACCAGGGAUUUUGUUUCAAGAUAUAACGACGUUGCUUCUUGAUACAAAGGCUUUCAGGGAUACUAUUGAUCUGUUUGUUGAGAGGUAUAAAGACAAAAACAUCUCCGUUGUUGCAGGCAUUGAAGCAAGGGGUUUUAUAUUUGGACCUCCCAUUGCAUUGGCUAUUGGGGCAAAAUUUGUUCCUAUGAGGAAACCCCAUAAGCUUCCUGGGGAGGUUAUUUCCGAGGAAUAUGCUUUGGAGUAUGGAACAGACGUAAUGGAGAUGCAUGUAGGUGCUGUAGAAGCAGGUGAACGUGCUUUGGUUGUAGAUGAUCUCAUUGCAACUGGUGGAACCUUGUGUGCUGCAAUCAGGCUUCUUGAGCGAGUUGGGGUGCAAGUGGUUGAGUGUGCCUGUGUCAUUGAAUUGCCAGAGCUACAGGGUCGGCAACAGUUGGGAGAUAAACCUCUAUUUGUUCUUGUAAGCGCAAAUUGAUGUCAGUUUGGGGUAUAAGUGCAUGCUUCUCGGCCAUAUGGUUGGAAAUUGAUGUAGCCCUGCUCAGACGUCAAGAUAUUUCGUGGAGGGAACAGGCUUUGUUUGAUAAUAAGGAUGUAUUAGACUGAUAUUAGAGCAUUAUCAUUGGUUUUUUCUUGUAUUUUAGGUAAGAGGCUGGGAGAUAACUGUGGGGAGAUUGGGUUUGCCUUUGAAUUUAAGAUUUAUGCGUUUAUUUUGUGUGUAUGAGAAGAAUCUUUCUUGUUUUAUUCUCAUGAAGCUGGUACCGUGCUUUCUAGUUGCAAUGGAUGUAGGGAUUCUCUAUUUCAGUUUUAAAUUUCAGUUUUAAGGUGUAUAAGAAAUAUUAGCCCUUUAAUUUC